AUGGACUUUUGGACAGUAAAGAAUAUCACAGGAAGAUUGCUUGUUGGUUUGCGAUGGUGGAAUUUUGUUGACGAAAAUGGCAACAACCACUGGAAGUUCGAAAGUGCCAAGGACACCUCUCGUUUCCCCGUUCUCGAUCGGCGUGCUUUUUGGAUUGGUCUUGUACUAGGCCCGCUUAUGUGGCUGUUUUUCGUCACCAUGGCAUUUUUCACUUUCAAGUGGGAGUGGAUGAUCAUCGCUCUUCUGGGUCUGUCUAUGAAUUCGGCUAAUCUUUACGGUUAUUUGCGAUGUCGAUGGUCGGACACAACACAGUUUACAAAUUACAUAUCCAAGUGGGCUUUCCUAUCGUUUAUGUUUUUGGACCUCGUUUGUGUCGUGUCUUCACGUCAAUCCAACAUUCGCGUUUUUUCCGACGUAUACCGGGUGUCCUAA